AUGGUCGACUUGGAGCCGACGGUCGUGGAUGAGGUUCGCACGGGCACUUACCGCCAGCUUUUCCACCCCGAGCAACUCAUUUCCGGCAAAGAAGACGCGGCAAACAACUUUGCGCGGGGGCACUAUACGAUCGGCAAGGAAAUCGUGGACUUGGUGUUGGAUCGAAUCCGCAAGUUGGCGGACAACUGCACCGGCUUACAGGGGUUCUGCGUCUACAAUGCUGUCGGCGGCGGCACUGGAUCCGGCCUGGGCUGCUUGAUGUUGGAGCGCUUGUCCGUGGACUAUGGUAAGAAGAGCAAGAUCUCCUUCACAGUUUGGUCUUGUCCACAGGUGGCGACUGCAGUUGUUGAACCGUACAACACUGUGCUAUGUGUGCAUUCUCUGCUCGAGCACACGGAUGUGACAAUCAUGUACGACAACGAGGCGUUAUACGACAUUUGCCGCAGGAACUUGGACAUUGAGCGCCCGACCUACACGAAUCUCAACAGGCUGAUCGCUCAGAUCAUCAGCUCGUUGACGGCAAGCCUGCGGUUCGAUGGGGCUUUGAACGUGGACAUCACGGAGUUCCAAACAAAUCUUGUUCCUUACCCGCGAAUCCACUUCAUGCUUACCUCCUUUGCGCCGGUGAUCUCGGCAGAGAAGGCAUACCAUGAGCAGCUCUCCGUGGCGGAGAUCACCAUGUCUGUGUUCGAGCCCGCCUCAAUGAUGGUCAAGUGCGAUCCUCGCCACGGCAAGUACAUGGCUUGCUGUAUGAUGUACCGCGGGGAUGUUGUGCCAAAGGACGUGAAUGCGGCGGUUGCCACCAUCAAGACCAAGCGCACCAUCCAAUUUGUGGACUGGUGCCCCACUGGCUUCAAGUGCGGUAUCAACUACCAGCCUCCUACAGUGGUGCCUGGUGGUGAUUUGGCCAAGGUCAUGCGUGCGUGCUGUAUGAUUUCCAACAGCACGGCCAUCGCGGAAGUCUUCUCCCGCAUUGACCACAAAUUCGAUCUGAUGUACAGCAAGCGUGCUUUCGUCCACCACUACGUGGGUGAGGGCAUGGAGGAGGGCGAGUUCUCCGAGGCCCGCGAAGACUUGGCGGCUUUGGAGAAGGACUACGAGGAGGUGGGCAUCGAGACGGCCGAAGGGGAGGGCGAAGAGGAAGGCGAGGAGGCGCCGGAGCGGAUCUGGGCCUCCAAAGGCCUCACGGGGCUGCUGGAGCAGGUGGGAGGAGGGCGGAAGGCGGAGGAAGUGCAGGCCAAUAGCGUGCUGCUCAAUGUGUACGACGUGAGCGAAAGUGAAGUCAUCCAGAGGGUGAACCGCAUCUUCACCGCUGACGACACGGUCCUAGCUGGAGGAGUGUUUCACGCGGGAGUGGAGGUCUAUGGGAGGGAGUGGUGCUACGGUGCGACUGUGCCAGGGCGCACCGGAGUCGGCGCGGUCAGACCGCGGCUUCAUCCCCAACACAGGUACCGCGCUACUGUCCACAUGGGCGCCACGGAGAAGAAGCCGGAGGAGGUGCAGAGGCUUUUGGCUUGCAUGGCCUCGGAUUGGCAGGGAGGUGACUACGAUCUGAUUCAUCACAACUGCCUCUCCUUCUGCAACGCGCUGCUGUGCGAGCUGGGCCUGCGGCGCAUUCCCGGCUGGGUGGACCGCGCGGCGCGGGCGGCCAGCCAGGUGGACAAUGUGGUGAAGGCCGUGAGGAGCAUCAGUGCUGAUGAGGUCACCGGGCAGGCGGAGGAGACCCUGUCGACCUUCAGGCGCGACUCCCUGGCCGCCCUGGCGGCGGCCAAGGGCGGGACCCAGAAGCUCUUCGAGCGAGCGCAGGAGCAGGCCCAGCAGCCCUUGACCGAGGUGUCGGAGCUCGCGGGCAAGGCUCAGGAGCAGCUGCAGUCGGUGGGUGCCAGCAUUUGGCAGUGGGGCCAGACGCUGCAGGAGUCGGUCGUCGGGGAGGGCACGACGCAGCCUGAGAAGAAGGCGGAGGAGAACUGGUCUUUCUCCGAGAGCCUGUGGAGCUGGGGCGAGACGGUGACCAAGGACCUCAAGCAGACGCUGGGGCCGGGGAUGCCGAAGGCUCAGAAGGGCUAUCGCCCUGAUCCUUCCGGAGGUGGCGGCACCGCGGGACUCAUCAAGGCUCAAGAGGUCAGCUUGCUGAAGCAGGGCCUCUUGGACGAGGAGGAGGAGGAGGAGGCAGGGCCCGACCUGGCGGCCAUUCAGAAGCAGCUGCAUCCGGACCUGCUGACGGGCCACGAGGCGGUUCCGGCCGUGAAGGCUUCGGCGAGCCAGGAGCCCGUUGACCUCCUGUCCUGAGCACUACGCGCGCGAUCAAUUUCAUGGUCAGGAGUCAUAGGUGGUUUCAUAUGGCC